AUGGCGAAGCCCGAGAACCGUACGAACCUGGCGUCCUGUUUCGUGGCCACCAUUUUCCUGAUCUUCCUCCUCAUCGUGGUCUUAAUAGUUUACUUCACGCUGUUCAAGCCCCAGGACCCCAAAAUCGCCGUCAGCUCUGUCCAGAUCCCUUCCUUCUCAGCCACUAACGGCACCGUCGACUUCACCUUCUCCCAGUACGCCUCCGUCCGCAACCCUAACCGAGGCACCUUCUCCCACUACGACAGCUCGCUCCAGCUGCUCUACCACGGCACACAGGUCGGCUUCAUGUUCGUCCCAGCCGGCGAGAUCGCCGCCGGCAGGACUCAGUACAUGGUCGCCACGUUUACCGUCCAGUCCCUCCCCUUGGGCCCGGGACCCACCUCCGUGAAUGGGCCUAGCAGUGUAGGGCCCACGCUGGAGAUGGAGUCGAAGAUAGAGAUGGGUGGGCGCGUGCGGGUGUUGCACCUUUUCAGCCACCACGUGGAGGCCAAAGCUCACUGCAGGGUCGCCAUCGCCCUCACCGAUGGAUCCGUGUUAGGCUUUCAUUGUUAA